AUGGCUACCAAGACGGCUGGCGGCAAUGCCGCAUUCCACAACUUUCACAACGACUUCUCCCACAUCCAAGACCCAAAUGAGCGAAGACGACUUGCACUUGCGGAGAUCGACAAGGCUCCAUUCGGCUGGUACCAUGUGCGAGCUAUUGCUGUCGCUGGUAUUGGUUUCUUCACUGAUGCCUACGACAUUUUCGCCAUCAACUUGGUCACCUCUAUGUUGGGUGUAGUCUAUUGGCAACGUGCGAAAAAGAACCCUGGUCACAUCCCAUCCACAUCCGACACUGCUAUCAAGGUUGCAACUUCUGGCGGUACAGUCAUUGGACAGGUCGGUUUCGGAUGGCUUGCCGAUAUGGUCGGUCGUAAGCGAAUGUAUGGCCUUGAGUUGAUCCUUAUCAUUUUCGCAACUCUCGCACAGGCUCUGUCUUCCUCCUCGCAAGCUAUCUCCAUCGUGGGCCUCCUGAUCUUCUGGCGUGUACUUAUGGGAGUAGGUAUCGGUGGCGACUAUCCACUUUCCAGCAUCAUCACGUCUGAAUUUGCUACCACAAAAUGGAGAGGCGCCAUGAUGGGUGCUGUGUUCGCCAUGCAGGGUAUUGGUCAGUUCACCGCUGCCAUUAUUGCCCUGAUUGUCGCUACUGGUUUCAAGGGAUCAUUAGAGAGUGCUGCCAAGGUUCAGAACUGCUCCGGCGUGUGUGGCCUUGCUGUCGACAAGAUGUGGCGUAUCAUCAUCGGUUUCGGUGCUGUACCAGGCUGCAUCGCGCUCUACUUCCGUCUGACCAUUCCUGAAACACCUCGAUACACUUUCGACGUUGCUCGAGAUGCCGAGAAGGCUGUCGAGGAUGUCAAGGCUUACACGAGCGGUCUGCCUGAAGGCAAGCCUGACGAAGUCUCCCGAGCUGCUGUGCUUCAAGAUUCGCGAGUUCGUCUCGAUCCUCCUAAGGCUUCGUGGGGUGACUUCUGGCGACACUAUGGCCAGUGGCGACACGGCAAGGUCCUCCUCGGUACUGCUGGUUCAUGGUUCUUCCUCGAUGUUGCCUUUUACGGUCUCGGUUUGAACAACACCAUCAUUCUUCAGGCUAUCGGUUACACUGGUGGCAGCAAUGUAUACCACAUCUUCCGAAAUGCUGCUAUCGGCAACUUGAUCAUUGUAUGCGCUGGCGCAAUUCCAGGUUAUUGGGUCACUGUUGCAACAGUCGAUACUAUUGGACGAAAGCCAAUUCAGUUGAUGGGUUUCACCAUCCUCACCAUCCUGUUCAUCGUUAUCGGUUUCGCUUACAACCACUUGGGACACAACGCUCUUCUUGCCCUCUAUGUCCUCUGCCAGUUCUUCUUCAACUUCGGUCCCAACGCCACAACUUUCAUUGUUCCUGGUGAAUGCUUCCCAACUAGAUACCGAUCCACCUCGCACGGUCUAUCCGCUGCCUCGGGCAAGGUCGGCGCCAUCAUUGCUCAGGUUGUGUUUGGUCCCCUACGAGUCAAGGGUCACCCAACUGAAGCCAACCCAUCCCCAUGGUUGAACCACGUCAUGCAGAUUUUUGCUCUCUUCAUGUUCCUUGGUCUCUUCACCACUCUUCUCAUUCCAGAGACCAAGCGCAAGACGCUCGAGGAGCUUGCUGGUGAGGUUCCAGGUACUCCAAACUAUGACCCCGAGACCGCUGGCCAUCGCAAGUCGUCAGUUCUGCCCGACCACAGCAGCGGCGAGCGCGAUCUGGGGGAGAAAGCUGUAUAA